AUGUCUGUCCCCACUACAAACCUUUUACAUACUAAAAGCAAUCUACUUAAUAACAAUAGCGAUAACACACAAGCCGAAAUAGAUAAAAGAUCUAUUUUUGUGAAGAAUUUAAAUGUUAACACCUCUGUAGAACAAUUAGAAUCUUAUUUUACUACAGUUGGUUAUAUUAACAGGAUAACCAUUUUCAACACUUUGAAAACAAAGAAAACUCAUUUAGUUAAUGCUUACAUAGAAUUUGACUCACUAGAGGCUAAAGAAAAGGCUUUAUUUCUACACGGUUCAAAUGUUAAUGGCCACGUUCUACACAUCUAUGAAAAACGAUCAAACAAACCCAAAUAUUUAUUGUCAAUAGAAGAGGAAAAUAAUAAUUCUAACCCUAAACAAAAGUCUAAAUGUAAUCCAAAUCAUAAAAAAACAACAAAAACAAUAUUUCAUGUAUCAUCCUAUAUGGAAAAAAACUGA